AUGAGUACUCGACUCGCAUUACAUCUUACAGGCCGUGAGGUCUGCUCAGUUUUCUCGAUACAACGGCCGGUAGCAUCUUCCAUUCGAUGGUCGUCAUCGGGCUCUCGCUGGAAACAGCGACAAGGUCGUGAUUUCUACGCACGCGGUGCAAAAGUUCAAGGGCUCAAAAGCCGGGCAGCCUUUAAGCUCCUCGAGAUGGACUCCAAAUACAGGCUAUUCAAAGGAAAUGGACAGACCGUGGUUGACCUUGGAUACGCACCAGGUAGCUGGUCACAGGUUGCCGUAGAGAGAACCAGACCCAACGGCAGGGUUAUAGGCAUUGACCUCAUCCCAGCCCAGCCGCCACGGGGUGUAGCAACUUUUCAAGGUGACUUUCUUUCGCCAGAUGUGCAAGAAAUGGUCAAGAACUUUAUUCUCGAGAGUCAUCGGCGUCCACCUCCAUUACAAAAUGGCGAAGAGAGCGUUGGUUCUGAUCCAGAUGAGAUCGCUGCGAUUGAUCGGCCGAGCUAUCUCGACAUGGAAUUCCAUACGAGCCAAGACGAGGCAGCGCCCCCCGAAUCAGAAACGUCAGAGAAGCGUCUUGUAGAUGUUGUUCUAAGUGAUAUGUCAGCACCCUGGGAGCAAACCACCGGCUUUAACGUGAACACGUUGAGUAAUCCAUAUCAUAGGUUGAUGAACACGAGUGGGAACGCCUUUCGCGACCACGCUGGAAGCAUGGACCUAUGUGCCGCUGCCCUACAGUUUGCUAGUGAUACUCUCAAAACUGGGGGGCACUUUGUCUGCAAGUUUUACCAGGGGUCUGAGGACAAGGACUUUGAAAAGAAGUUGAAGACCCUAUUCAGCAAAGUGUUCAGAGAAAAGCCCGAUUCUUCGAGAAAGGAGAGCCGAGAGGCAUACUUUAUCGGUUUGCGGAGGAAGUCCAAUAGUACGAUAGAACCACCAACAGAUGUACAAGACUAG